GCUCGCAGUCAGCUGCCGCGCGGGCGCCGCCGGUACCUUUGUUGGGCGUGCGCCCUCUGCUUUCGGGAGAGGUGGCCGCAAAGUCGCGGAGUGGCUUUCGGAGCGAGGGGGAGGGGAGCGGUCAGGGCGGGACUCCGCGAGUCUCCAGGGAUAGUGGGGCCAAAAGUGGGGAGCAGGAGCACAGCGGCGGCGGGCGGCGUCUGGGGACCGGCGCGGCGGCCGGGAGAAGUAUGCGGAGGGCCCCCGCCCGGGCCCGGGCUCGCGCGCACCGCCAGCCCCGCACAAGUUCGGCGGCCGCUGCCCGGGCGGCGUCGAUGGCUGCGCGUCCCGCCGCGCGCGGGGGCUGAGCGGGCGCCACCUCCCCCACGGCCCCGCUUUUGUGUCUCGCGUCUCCUCCUCAUGCCGCGUCCCGCCACCCGGAGCGGGGACCGCUGCUGAGGCGCGCGCUCGCUCGGAGGAGGAGUGGACACGGCGGCGACGGCUGCGGCUCCGGGCACAGGCGGGACUAUGGGCAACGGGAUGUGCUCCCGAAAACAGAAGCGGAUCUUCCAGACGCUGCUCCUGCUGACCGUGGUGUUCGGCUUUCUCUACGGCGCGAUGCUCUACUACGAGCUGCAGACGCAACUGCGGAAAGCCGAGGCGGUGGCGCUCAAGUACCAGCAGCACCAGGAGUCUCUCUCUGCCCAGUUGCAAGUUGUGUAUGAACACAGAUCAAGGUUAGAGAAAUCCUUACAGAAGGAAAGACUUGAACAUAAGAAAGCGAAGGAAGAUUUCCUUGUGUACAAGCUAGAAGCACAAGAAACACUAAAUAAAGGAAGGCAAGACUCCAAUAGCAGAUACAGUGCGUUGAAUGUCCAACACCAAAUGCUAAAAGUUUUCAUCUUGCAGAGUCAGCACGAGGAGCUGAAGAAACAGCACAGUGACUUGGAAGAGGAGCAUCGCAGACAAGGGGAAGACUUCAGCAGAGCGUUCAGCGACCACAAGCAGAAGUACUUGCAGCUCCAGCAGGAAAAGGAGCAAGAACUUUCUAAACUAAAAGAAACCGUGUACAACUUGAGAGAAGAGAAUAGACAACUAAGGAAAGCACACCAAGACAUACACACUCAGCUGCAGGAUGUCAAGCAGCAGCAUAAGAAUUUACUCUCCGAGCAUGAACAGCUUGUAGUGACUUUGGAAGACCACAAGAGUGCGCUAGCUGCUGCACAGACUCAAGUUGCAGAAUAUAAACAACUGAAAGAUACUCUGAAUAAGAUUCCAAGCUUUCGAAAAUCUGACCAAGCAGAGCUGCAGAAUGAGACCCUUGCCCAGGUGGCACAUUCUCCACAAGGUUACAACACAGCGCGGAGGCAGCCGAGUGGAAAGCCGCCGGAGGUGUCUCGCCAUGGUGAUGUGUGGCAGAAACCAGAAGUGAUGCCUGAAAGAGCAGAAGAAAUGAAACCUUACACUCCCACCCCGAAGGAGGCAGAAUUCCGGGCUGCGGCAGAGCACAGCCCCCGCGGAGUGGAGCCCAGGGAACCGGCAGAACACCAGGCAGAAGAGGAGCACAGGAAGGCCCUGGAAGAGGAGGAAAUGGAGCAGGUUGGCCAGGCUGAACACCUCGAGGAGGAGCAUGACCCGUCGCCAGAGGAGCAGGACCACGAGUGGAGAGAGCAGCACGAACAGAAGGAAGCGGCCCAGCUGCUGUAUGCUCGGCCUCCCGCCCAGGUGCAGCCUUCAGCCAAGCCGGCUACCAGAUUCCGAUCCCUGUAUGAGGAGCAAUUGGAACAGCAGAGGCUGGCAGCAAGGAGGGAUGAGGAGGCCCAGCGGCUGCGAGAGCGCCAGGAAGCCUUGCACCAGCAGAGGCUGCAGGGACAACUGUUGUGGCAGCGGCAGCAGCAGGAACAGCAGCUUCUGGCCAGAGACAUGGCCCGGCAGAGGCCGGCUGGGCACCAGGAAGGCCAGCAGCAGCACCAGGAGCAGCUACGGCAGCAAGCUCAGUAUAAUGCUGUGGAUAAUGAUGUUGCUCAGGGACCUGAGGACCAGGGAGUCCAAGAAGAGGAGGGAGGUGCCUAUGAAAGAGAAAACCAGCACCAAGAUGAAGCCGAAGGAGACCUUGGUAACCGGCAUGAGCCCCGCGAGCAAGGGUCCCGAGAAGCCGACCCCGAAUCUGAGGCACAUAGGGCAGCUGUGGAGGAUAUAAACCCAGCAGAUGACCCAAAUAAUCAAGGUGAAGAUGAAUUUGAAGAAGCCGAGCAAGUGAGAGACGAAAACUUGCCUGAUGAAAACGAAGAACAAAAACGAACUGAUCAGAAGCAAGCGGAGGCUGAAAUGGGGGAGCAUUUGGUGAUGGCAGGAAAUCCAGACCAGCAGGAGGAUAAUGUUGACGAGCAGUACCAGGAAGAGGGAGAAGAGGAGGUUCAGGAAGAUUUGACUGAAGAGAAAAAAAGGGAACUGGAGCGUACUGCUGAGGAGACCUACGGGGAAAAUGACGAAAAUGCUGAUGUUAAAAACCCUGAUGGAGAAGAACAAGAAGUCCAAGAGGACAACCACCCCAAAGGUGGGGAGGAGCACUAUGAAGAGGAGGAAGAGGAGGAGGAGGACAGGGCUGCUGGCCCUGAGAAAUCCCACCGGAGAGCGGAAAUGUAGCUGUGCCCGGUUCCCAGGCAGUGCUCGGCCAUCAAAUUGGCCUCAAGCUACUUCAAAAUCAAUCUGCCUACUGGACUCUAGGAUAUUUAAUUGCAAAAAUUGAGAAUUUAGACUUUUUAAACUUUUUUAUUAGAAAUGCUCAUACAUUUAUAUGAAUAUAUUUUGAUAACUUAGGUUAGAACUUCUUUUAUAUUCAAGCUGAACAUGUACAAGAAGAAAACCAAUAACCCUAAAUGGACCUUAGGCCCUGAAUCUUACAUGUCAUGGGUCAUAUGAAGUCGGAAAGAGCAGUGCUUUUGUUUGUGUCUCAAGUUGUUACUUUCUUGGUGCUUGUUUUCCGUGUUCUAUUUGCCUUUGAUAAAAUGUGAGAUUUUAUAAGCAGGAAUGUGGCAAAAUGCUGGGCACACUUUAAGGGAAUGGCUAGUCUACUACUUGCGGCCUUUGAGGUUCUUCUGUACAGGUCUAAAAUUCUUGCCAGUCUACAUCCUUGGAUGAGGUCUGUGUUCAGUGAGACAUGCAAUUAGAAAUCCAUUUUUGUCACAGAGUAAAGACCAUGUUUUUCAAAUUUUUUAGAUCUGUUAGAAACAUAUAUGGUAUUACUUAAAAUUGCAGUUAUUUUGCCUAAAAGGAAUAUUGAACGUGAGAUAGCACUAAAACUCAUAUGGAAGUAUCCUAAAUACGAACAGUAUCUCACUGUUCAAAAAAAGAUAUGAGGGGCCAGGGAGAUGGCUCAGUGGAAUAAGUGCUUCCC